UUCUGCCGUGAACUCGUGGCCCAGUGGUACAGUGCCCGAUCUGCACCUCUCAAGGUGGUGGUGCGUCAAGGGAGAGAGGGCCCCAUGCCCGCUUUUGUCUUGCAAGGGCACCCCCGGAAGCUAACUCAAUCGCAGCGCCCGGAGCUCGCAACUGGGGCGGGUCGAAAUGAGAGUGCGAGCUCGCCUGUAGCGUUUGUUGGCCAGCGUUGCAUCUUCUUGGGUGCUCCACAGCAAGUUCGAGUUCGCGGGAGCCGGGUUACACGGUUCGGAAUCCUGCAAAGCUUGCUUUUUGUUGGCGAUGACAUCGUUCCGUAUUCUAUUUCGUGUCUUGUGAACAAGGGUGGUUUGUGGACGUACGCGGAUGCGUGUGCGAGGCGAAGCACGGUAAUGCUGAUGUGGGUGGAUUCGCGUACUCAAAUUUCGCGAGGAACGGUUGAGCUGGACUAAGAGGAAACGGGACCCCGGAGGGGAGAUGGUUGUUCCGGGGGAUUUUGUGAGUUGGUGCGAGAAGUGACGAGGGGAGCUGGACGCGACUGAUUCGCAGGCCCCACCAUGAGGUUUGAUCGAAGAGGAGAGAGGGCGACCUACUUUGGGAGUGCGUAAGCAGCUUGGACGCGGGCGGAGGGUGGAUGUCGGUGGGGCUCGAAGGGACAGCGCCUGAGGGUGCGUGGUUUGUGCGCUGUUGUAGGGACCUUACAGGGGUGCAAAUGGUGGACACAGAGUUGGCGGACCAUGGUGGGGAGGCGUAGCAUGGGGCUGUAGCGGCAACGAUGGUAGCGCUGGGCAUGCGGUUGACAUUGGUGAGAGGGAGGGGGUGAUGUCGAUGUCGGUGUGUGGCCACACACGGCUAAACGGAACGCAGGGUUCCGGUGUUGCGAGUUGCGCGAGAAGUGGUGCGCAAGCAUUUCUGGGGUGGCGUGGAUUGGAUGUGGCGAGCAUUGGCAAGUGAUAUCGGGCCUGUGCACUGAGAGAUUAUGGAGCUAUAAGUGCAUCGGUGGAUCCGUGGUCGUCCGUGUGGACCGCUUCGGGUGACGCUAGCGAAACAAACACAAAUGAAACUCACAGUAAUUGCAACGCCGGAGCCAAUCCUGGGAAAUGGGAGGUGUGCGUGUUCAAGGGAGGGUUAAUCCACCAAGAAUAGCGUUGGCGCUGCCAUAGAGUGCAAGUGCGCGGUUUUCUGGACGAGUCUAGUUACGCUAAAAAGCCCCGUGCAAUUCGUGUCGCGCUUUAGGUGCACCUGUGGCGAAGCAUUAACGGUAGGCUGCCGGAUCAGGGCGCCCUUGGGCGCCCUGCCCGGUGGCUGCAGUCCAUAAGCAGAUGUGCGGUAGAAGGCGGAAUGAAAGUGGGCACAUGCGGGCGAAUGUGGGUGGGCUGUGAUUCCAGCUAGCGGGCGUGGGACUGAUGUAGCGAGCUCGAAGAUACCAGCCUUGCCGUAGAUGGCUGGUGCUCACGCACACACAGUUUCGGCGCCUUCUCUUGUCCGGUCCGGCAAUGUGCUGCUGGGCAAUCAUGGUGGGAGCGGGCUGUCGCAGCCGAUCCUAUCAUCGCUUGCAGCGAGGCGGUCUCAAUUCGGAGGCGUGAAUAUGCUGGCAGGGUACCCGAGUAAUGGGCUACUCAACGGGGUUUCGAAUGCCGGGCUCACAGGUAUUGCUCAGAGCUUGGGCGGGAGCGUGGGUGUGAGCUCUUUGGUGACGGGGUCGAACUCGGAGUUGCUGGAUCUGCAGAGAGGCAGCCUUGGGGCGUCGGAGGGGAUGGCAGUGUCUGGGUUAGGCGGGAUGGGGUUGCCUGCAUCACCGGCGUCGAUCACGUCGACGAUCGGGAAUUCGAUGGCGAAUCAGCAAGGGAGCUCGGGGCUGGCGCGAAUGGAGCAGCAGGUAAGGUGGUGGCGAGGGAGAGUGGGGCGAGUUGGGGGGUGGUAGUAUGCGGGGCGUGGA